AUGACAGAGCUCACUCUCGAAUCAUUGAUCGACGAUGGAAAUUACCUGGGCUCCGAGCGAGCUAGGUUGGAGAACAAGGCAAUCCUGGAUGAGCUGGAGCGCAAGAAAAAGGCUCGUAGCAUGGCCGUCCCAACGGACGACAACCGCGUCAAAGCAAGGUUGCGUGAACUCGGCGAACCAAUAACACUGUUCGGUGAACGACAAGCUGACCGUAGGGAUCGUCUAAUAUAUGUCCUCUCUCAAAUCACUGCUGCUCGGGGUGAUGACGUGCAAAUGGAAGAGGAGUCGGAGGAGGAGAGUGCAGACGAGGAAGAGUUCUACACACCUGGAUCGUUGGAGCUCCUCGAAGCACGGAGGCACUUAGCAGAGUAUUCCCUGCCCAGAGCUCAAAAGCGGAUCGCCCAACAGCAAAUAGAUAGUAAACUACCCCUUGGUCGUAUCAUCGACAUGCGCAAAAAAAUCUUUGCGGAGGUUAAGCGAUUUAGCAACCUUGGAUCCCAGAUAGGCGAUGAACGUCCAAUAUCGCAAGUACGAUUUUCGCCAAAUAGCAAGUUUCUUGCUACAGGGAGUUGGUCCGGCACUGUGAAGGUUUGGAACGUCCCAGCAUGCACGACUUCGCGGGUUCUGCGCGGCCAUGGUGAUCGCGUAGGAGGGGUUGCAUGGCACCCACAGGCGACCUUGACCCAAGGCGAAGGGCUAGUAAACUUGGUGUCAGGAGCAGGGGACAAGUGUUUGCGUUUCAUCCGUCCGGGAAAUUAUGUCGCCUCGGCAUCCUUUGAUACUACCUGGCGACUUUGGGAUGUGGCAACCUCGACAGAAUUGCUUCUACAAGAGGGCCAUUCGAAAGAAGUGUACUCUGUCGAAUUCCAAGACGAUGGUUCUCUGGUUGCAUCUGGGGGGCUCGACGCAAUUGGGAGAGUGUGGGAUCUGCGGACCGGACGGACCGCCAUGGUGCUCGAUGGUCACGUGCAAGCCAUAUUUGGUAUAUCUUUCUCGCCCAACGGUUACCAAAUUGCGACCGGCGCUGGUGACGACACCAUCCGAAUAUGGGACAUCCGUUUUCUAAAAGUGCUCUAUACGAUCCCCGCCCACGUCUCCAACGUUUCCGACGUUCGUUUCUUCCGUGGUGACGAUCUGCCUCCCAUGAGCACAGUUCGUGGAAAUGGAGAUGCAACCAUGAAUGGCAUGGACGAGGACGCUGACGCUGACACGAGUAACGACAAAAAGCAAGAGCAAACAUCAGACGAGUGGAGAUACCGAUCGGGGCUCUAUUUUGCGAGCGCUGGCUACGAUGGUUUUGUAAAGAUAUGGAGCACGGACGACUGGCAAUUACUGCGCACGCUUACGACAGACUCGGGCAAAGUUAUGUCUGUCGACCUUUCCAAAGACGGGCGCUUGCUUGCCUCUGGUACCUACAAUCGCAAUUUCCAGCUGUUCGCUCCAGAGGAAGUUACUGUUUGA